AUGUAUAAUCGUACAGCCCUACCAACUCCCGCAGACACAGCGAACCCGGCUGGCGGAUACGAUGCCAAGCCUGCGCCGGUCCCUUUUCCAGCAUCGAGCGGUGUGGAGCAGAAUUACCGAUCAGUGGCCGGUGCGAUCGCGUUCCAGAACGGUCAGUUGUUGCAGACGAGGCCCGCUGCCGAUAGCACUGCGCCUCGGAUGGAUACGACCGCCGUCGGGCAGGCCGCAGCCGCCGCCGCCGCCGCACAGCAGCAGCAGCAACUCAAUGGAUCAGUUGGGCUGAUGUCGAUGAACGCCGCAGCACCACUGAACGGCCAAGUGCAGCCAUUUCCGGAGCAUCCAGCGACACACAGGAACGCCGCCAUGCAGAAACCUCCCAUUCUCGAUUCGCGGGGUGUCGCGAGUGCGGUUCAGUACAGCACAGUGGCCGGAUAUGCGCAGCCGACUGGCGCUGCACAAUUCGCCGGAAAUGUGCCGAUGGCUGCUCAAAUGCCAGCACCUGCCGGGCCUCUGCCACCGCAAAUGCAAGCCCCCGCCAGGCCGCCGCAGCCAGAAAUGCCUCCAGCCGCGAGGCCUAUGAUGCCACAAAUGCCGUUACCUGCUGGGCCCAUGCCAGCGCAUAUGCCUGCACCUCCGCAGCCACAGAUGCCAGGACUUGCCGGCCCCUUGCAUCCGCCAGCACCCGACCCAGCUGCCGCUCAUCCGCCCGCACCCACCGGGCCACCUCUGCACCCUCCAUUACCAGGCGCAGCAAUGCAGCCAAGGUCUGCUGCGCUAAUGCAAGCGCAGAUGCCAGCCCCUGCUGCUGCAAUGCCACCCCAGGUGCCAACUAUGACGAACUCGAGGCCACCCGCGCCGCCACCGUUUCCUCCCGGAUUCGGAGCUGAUGCACCGCCAUACUUUGCAAAUUCGGCGGCAAAUGUUGGCCCGAACGCUGCACAAAUUCCCGGAGCACCGAGCGGCCUUCCAGGGCAAAGCUUUGAACAGCAGCAGCAGUAUGCCGAUCAGAUGAAUAGCGCUUUUCCGAAACCGGCCGGUGGCGCUGAUCACGCUCCUGCUCAGGCAUCCAACAUGUACAUGAACCAGCCGUCGGCUUCUUUCGGCCCUCCGCCAGUGCCGGGCACUUAUGGGCAAGGUGCUCGGAUGGGUGGGCCACCGCCAGUGCCUGGCGAGGUGAUGGGAGCAGGCGUGCCUGGACUCUAUCAGCAGAGGCCACGUUUGGAUCCUAGCCUCAUGCCAAGCAUUGCACAAGUGAUCGAGGAGGAUCGUUCAACCAGAGGCGGUGUUUUUCCGACAGGUUAUCCAACGGCCGAGCAUCCACCGCUCACAACCACCGAGUUCACCGCUCAGGAUCAGGGGAAUUGCAAUCCGAAAUUCAUGCGCUCCACGAUGUACGUUGCACCAGCCUCCUCAGAUAUGUUGAAAAGUACACAGUUGCCCUUCGCGAUCGCCAUCAAUCCAUUUGCACGUUUGCAUCCGAGUGAGGCACGUCACUUAAGUUAUCGCCGGUUCUGGCUAAUCCCUUCCGCAAUUUCUGAUUUGGAAUUUUUGCAGAUGAUACCCCCUAUUGUGGAUCUUGGAGAGCUUGGUCCGGUGAGGUGUCAGCGCUGCAAGGCCUACAUGUGUGCGUUUAUGGAGUUUCAGGAUGGUGGCCGCAGAUUCAAAUGCCCGUUUUGUCUUUCAUCAACCGCUGUGAACGAUGCUUAUUUCGCUCAUCUGGAUCAUACUGGGCGACGCACGGACAUCCAGCAUCGGCCGGAGCAGUUCCUUGGCUCGUAUGAAUUUGUUGCCACCAAACCCUACUGCAAAGUAUGUUUCAUCGCCGUAGCAGUUUUGAGUGUCAGUUGUUCUCAGUUGUUCACGCUUAUGCGUGGACGGGAUUGCACAAAGCACAUCGUUGCACCGGAUGCCCUGAUGCGCAUCGCUGUUUAUUUUUUUUUUUUUUUUUUCGCUUUUAGGGAUAUGGGCCAGCAAAAAUCGUCCCUUCACGUUGGAUUUGCAACGUAUGAUCAAACAAUUCAUUUCUACAAUCUGAAAAAUCACAUGAAACGGCCUGAAAUGUUAGUGGUUGGAGACGUGAACGAUAUGUUUGUACCUCUUGUCGACGGUUUCCUGGUCACUUUGGAGGAGGCUGAUGUCGUUUUGAAUAGUUUGUUGGACGAGAUCGAGAAGAUGUUUAGCGAUUCUAAAAUCACUGAAAUGUUGCUGGGGCCGGUUAUCCAGGCCGGUUUGGAUGCAUUAAAGUGCGCUGAUCGGGCUGGUAAGCUGUUCAUUUUUCAUACGAACCUACCGUUAUUUGAUGCACCUGGGAAAUUAAAGAAUCGCGACGACCGGAAGCUACUCGGAACUGACAAAGAAAAGGCUGUUUUACAGCCGGGCAUUGAUUUCUACAGCAAAUUGGGCGUUGAAUGCGUUAAAGCAGGUUGUGCUGUAGACAUAUUUUUGUUCCCGAAUUCGUUCGUCGAUGUUGCAUCAAUUUCGCCAGUUUGCUCGCUCAGCGGCGGAUCGAUGUACAAAUAUCUGUAUUUUGAGGCUCAAAGAGAUAGCGGUCGUUUUUUGGCCGAUCUCAGUCAUGAUAUUGGCCGGGAAAUUGUGUUUGAUGUCAUGAUGCGGGUGCGAUCAUCCACCGGUCUGCGGCCAACUGGCUUCUUCGGUUUGUUUUAUAUGGAAAAUAGCACGGAUAUGGAAGUGGGCGCUAUUGACUGUGAUAAGGCUUUGCAUGUGGAAAUUCGACACGAUGAUAAGUUGCCCGAGGGUAAUGCUUACCUGCAGACUGCUAUACUCUUCACAUCCUGCAGCGGGCAACGAAGACUGCGUAUCCACAAUCUUGCCUUGGUUGUCUCUGCUGAUUACAACCAUUUGUAUCGUGUUGCUGAUCCCGAUUGCCUUGUGUCAUUCCUCUUCAAGCAGGCGGAGUAUAUUGUGCGCGACAAGACGCCAAAGGAAAUGAAGGAUUCAGUGAAUUCCCGGUGUGCACAAAUGCUGGCGACAUAUCGCGAGAAAUGCAGUGAGCAAGCGCCACUUGGGCAGCUUAUUUUGCCGGAAUGCCUGAAGCUGUUGCCACUUUUUGCAAACUGCAUUAUAAGGAAUGAUGCGGUUAGCGGAGGAAGUGACAUGAAUGUAGAUGACAGAGCCUACAUGAUGCAGCUUGUAGCUGCUCUGCGCGUCGAAGAUGCGCUGCUGCUUUUGUAUCCAAUGGUGUUUCCAGUUUCUGACUUAGUCCUCGAGCAGUACGCCACUGAGCUAUCAUUGCCAUGCUGCAUCCGUGCCUCCUAUGACAAUUUUGCUCCCGAGAAAGCAUACAUCAUUUAUAAUGGUGUCACGAUGUUCUUGUGGAUCGGUCUGAAAGUACCGCAGGAGUGGAUACAGGAUGUUUUCAACUCAACUUCCGUCGCACACCUCAACGUCGAAAAUCAUGUUGUGCCGGAGAGGGAUAACGCAAGAUCUCGUGCGAUACGUUUUGUGAUUGACCGAGUGAAUACGAAUCGCGUCCGACACAUGAAACUCUUUCUGAUUCGUCAACAGGACGCUCUGGAGGCAUGGAUGAAGAAGUUUUUGGUUGAAGAUCGCACAGCAAAUAUGCCUUCUUACGUCGACUAUCUAUGUAAUAUUCAUCGUGAAAUACGAAAUCUGUUAAGCUAA